GUGAUCCGACCCACUUGAAUUCAAACAUAGACGGUCAACCUCACUUGCCUACCUACUUCGCGUCUCUCAAAAGUCUUGAAAUAUUGCUCUACAUUUGCUGUACAUUAUGAUUUUUGGAGACUUGUCUGCUUAUGUAUUCGUUGACGGUCAGGAGCUUCCGGAGUAUGCUGCUGUUGUUUCCAGCACAUCGACGGAGAACAGAAUAACCUGCUGGAUUGCAUCGGAAGAAGGCAAGAAAUUUGGAGUCAGGUGGAUGAACGCAGCUAAGCAGUCCUGUGGCAUCCAAACAGCUGUCUCCGUUGACGGUGUUCGUUGUGCUAGACAAACUGUGCGCCCGAGCUGGGUCGGCAUAAAGGAAUGCACGUACUGGGGCAGUGACUCAGUCACCAGAGAUUUCAUGUUUUCAAAACUUGAGCUUACUGACGAUGACUCAAUGCUCGGUGAUCCAAGUUCGAACGACAUAGGUCAGAUCGUGUUGAAGGUUGCAACGGGGGAGUACACGAAGACGCAGGUAGUUAAACAUGGUAUAUCGAAAAAUCACACUCUCCGUGUGCAAGAAAGCAAGGUGCAUGAACGGUCGAAGAAGGCGUGUGCUCAUCGUGUCGUCUUUGGGGACGAAGUUCCCCGACAAGUAAAUUAUCGGUCAGGUCGUCCCACAUCCCGCACCGUGUUCAAACCGGAUAACCGUCCUACGACUGUUUUCGUGUUCAAAUAUACACGCUUGGACAUUUUGCAGGCAAUGGGCAUAGCGCCAUCGACAUCAGAUAGCUCAAGCAGGGAGGAGGCAAAUGACGAUGAUGAUGAAAUAGAAAUCAUUGACGGACCAUAUGCGCCUUCAAGUUUGCCAUUGCCCUUAAAGGAUGUGAAGCCCCGAAUUCAACAUCUUGAGAUGGAGCUCCAGCAUUUACGCACCCAGUUGGCCUCAUCUGAGGACCGGAAGCUCUCACGUGUUAAUUUGAAAUGCGGGGUUUCACGACGGCAGCAAACCACUAUGGAGGUCCUCGAUUUGACCGAGGAUUAGCUUUCGUCUGUCCUCGUUCAGGUUCCGGCUUGUAUGCCACCGCUCUGAGGUAAGCAUUUGCUAGAGAGAUUAUCUCUAAUGCAAUUCAAUUCCUAGGAACUCGAUGUUUUGCAAGACAGGGCACGCUGCAUAUAUUUUUUCUGUACAGCUCAAACUCAUUCACACUACUAUGGACACAUGUAACAGUACUUUGCAAAUAUUGGAAGAAGACUUCUUAAUCUUCAGGUUGUGGAUUUACGCUCGUCGCUCAUUAUGAUACUUUGUUGUAUACUCACUGUUAAUACACUCCAUUUGAAUCUACUGAAUCAUGCUUGAAGAUUACUAGCUAAGUAUAUUGAGUCAACUACAAGUGUUCCAUGCCGGG